AUGGAAUUUCAAAAGAAUCCUGCCGCUCCCGCUGCCGCUGCCGCUCCCGCUGCCGCUCCCGCUGCCGCUCCCGCUGCCGCUCCCUCUGCCGCUCCCGCUGCCGCUCCCGCUGCCGCUCCCGCUGCCGCUCCCGCUGCCGCUCCCGCUGCCGCUCCCGCUGCCGCUCCCGCUGCCGCUCCCGCUGCCGCUCCCGCUGCCGCUCCCGCUGACGCUCCCGCUGCCGCUCCCGCUGCCGCUCCCGCUGCCGCUCCCGCUGCCGCUCCCGCUGCCGCUCCCGCUGCCGCUCCCUCUGCCGCUCCCGCUGCCGCUCCCUCUGCCGCUCCCGCUGCCGCUCCCGCUGCCGCUCCCGCUGCCGCUCCCGCUGCCGCUCCCGCUGCCGCUCCCGCUGCCGCUCCCGCUGCCGCUCCCGCUGCCGCUCCCGCUGCCGCUGCCGCUCCCGCUGCCGCUCCCGCUGCCGCUCCCGCUGCCGCUCCCGCUGCCGCUCCCGCUGCCGCUCCCGCUGCCGCUCCCGCUGCCGCUCCCGCUGCCGCUCCCGCUGCCGCUCCCGCUGCCGCUCCCUCUGCCGCCCCCGCUGCCGCCCCCGCUGCCGCCCCCGCUGCCGCCCCCGCUGCCGCCCCCGCUGCCGCCCCCGCUGCCGCUCCCGCUGCCGCCCCCGCUGCCGCUCCCGCUGCCGCUCCGCUGCCCGCAAAAUUCGAGGCCGAGGCCUAA